UGAAGGGGGUCAGUAGGAGAAGAUCCGGGGGGAGGAGCGCGCGGAUCCAAGCAGACUCCAGACGGCACUUGAAGCCACCUCACCUGCACGCGGGGGAUCUCCAUCUGCCUUCCCCCCCCCCCCCCCCCCCCGUGGAUUUUAAGCAGCAGGGAUGAAGCGGUCGCGGUCCACGGGGGUGUUCGUCGUCCGGUUCCUUUCCUUCCUCUGUUGCGCGCCAAAUGACGUGUGCGGCUUCAACCUUUACGCGCAGCAUCCCACGGUGUACCGCGGACCCACCGGGAGUUAUUUCGGUUAUUCCGUGGACUUCUAUCGGCCCAGCACCGACAGCAACACGUUCAGCGUGUUGGUCGGGGCCCCCAAGGCCAACACCUCCCAGCCCGGCAUUGUGGAGGCCGGGUCCGUCUACUACUGCCCUUGGCCGGGCCUCCCUGACAGCUGCAGACAAAUCCCCUUUGACAACGCCAAUAACCGCAUGAUAAAAGUAAAUGGCAGCAGGGAACCUUUGGAGUUUAAGUCCCACCAGUGGUUUGGAGCAUCAGUGAGGACACACAAAGGCAAAGUGGUGGCGUGCGCUCCUCUCUAUCACUGGCGCACGGUGAAGCUGAACGGGGAAAUGGAUCCCGUGGGUACCUGCUACGUGGCCGUCCAGAACUUCAGUGCCUACGCGGAAUAUUCGCCAUGUCGGACCGACGACCCGGACCCAGAGGGACAGGGCUUUUGCCAGGCGGGCUUCAGUGUGGAUUUCACCAAGGAAGGAAGGCUGGUGGUAGGAGGCCCCGGAAGCUUUUACUGGCAAGGUCAGGUGAUGACAGCAGGGGUAGCUGAGAUACUGAACGGCUACUCCUUGAAAGCCGUGCUGAGACGAGUUCCAGGAGAGAAACAUACCGCCGCUGCUGAAGACACACACGAUGACAGUUACCUCGGAUACUCUGUGGCGGUGGGGGAGUUUACAGGAGAUUCGGAACAAGAGCUUUUAGCCGGAGUGCCAAGAGGAGCGCAGAACUUUGGCUAUGUCGUGAUGAUCAACUCCACCAACCUGACCUCCAUCCAGAAUUUCACAGGGGAACAGAUGGCCUCUUAUUUUGGGUACUCCGUGGCUGUAACAGACCUGAAUGGAGAUGGGAUGGAUGACGUGUUAAUCGGAGCACCCCUCUACAUGGAGAGGGAGAUGGAGAGCAAACCCAAGGAGGUGGGGAGGGUCUACUUGUACCUGCAGAAGUCCCCGCUCACCUUCUCCCAACCCAUCGCCCUCACCGGCACGCACACCUUCGGGCGCUUCGGCACGGCCAUAGCGCCUCUCGGAGAUCUCAACAAUGAUGGUUACAAUGACGUGGCAGUGGGUUGUCCGUUCGGCGGAGAGGAUCGCGGAGGACGAGUUUUCAUCUUUAACGGUCACAGAGAUGCGACGACACGGGGUCUGACCCUGAGCCAGGAGCUGAGAGCGACCUCCGACCCGGCCGGAGGCCUGGCCGGUUACGGCUUCACCCUGAGAGGAGGCCAAGAUCUAGACCACAACCACUACCCUGACUUGAUCGUGGGAUCAUUUGGUGUUGGAGAGGUGUCUGUCUACAGGGCUCAAGCUGUUGUGUCUGUGGAAGCGGCAAUGAUCCUGACUCCUAGGAUCCUAAAUCCUGAUGACCGACAGUGUCACCUGCCGCUCACCGAUACGAUGGUGACAUGCCUCAAGGUGGACGUGUGUGCAGAAGUGAGUGGAGUGGGCAUCCCCAGCUCUGUGGAUCUGAGAGCAGAACUGCAUUUGGAUUGGUUGAAAGGCGUCCGAGGAGGCGUGAAGAGAGUCCUCUUUUUGGACACCCAGCAGCCUCAGCUCACCGGACUCCUCAGGCUGGGCCACGACCAUCCGCAGGCCUGUCUCAACUACACCAUUUACCUGAAAGAAGAAGAUGAGUUCCGGGACAAAUUGACUCCCAUCUCAUUGGCUCUGAACUACAGUUUAGCUCCGCCCUCUCAGGGCCAGACGCUCCCACCGGUGCUCAACUACUACAGCAGCACCUUCCUGCAAGAGCAUGCCUACAUUCUCCUGGACUGCGGUGACGACAAUAUUUGCAUCCCGGACCUCAAACUCGCGGUCAGCAUGGACCACUCUGAGCUGGUGAUUGGAGACGACAACCUGGUCAUGUUGACCAUCACCGCGGCGAACCGAGGCGAGGGAGCCUACGAGACGGAGCUCCAUGUGCUGAUCCCAUCAGAGGCGGACUACAUUGGCGUGGAGAGGAAAGUUGAGUCUCUGGCUCAGUUGAACUGCGAGUACAAGAUGGUCAAUGACUCCAGGCUGGUGAUGUGUGAUCUGGGCAAUCCCAUGGUGGCUGAAACCGAGCUGUCUGUUGGUUUGCGGUUUUCAGUCCAAAGGCUUGAAGACGCUGGACCGAAGAUUAGCUUCGAGCUACAAAUCCAGAGCUCCAAUAAGGACAACCCUGUGAGCAACCAUGUCAGCCUAAAUCUGUCCAUCGUUGCCAAAGCUCAAGUUGAUUUACGAGGGGUGUCUCAUCCCUCUCAGGUGGUGUUGCCAUUUCCACGCUGGGAGCCCAAAGAGAAGCCUGUCAAGGAAGACGAUGUGGGCCCACAAGUGACUCACAUCUUUGAGCUCCACAACGCGGGUCCCAGUAGUAUUCGGGAGGCUGAGGUCGAGGUCGGCUGGCCUUCCCGCUUCCGUGACGAGAACCUGCUGUAUGCUAUGGAGAUUAGAACUGAUGGGCCGAUCAGCUGUCGGACGAAUAGCAGCCUCAACCCACUCGGACUUCAGAUUUCAUCCCUCCAAGAUACUCCUGAACUUCUGGGAUUCUUGAGGAACACCAGCGCUCCCCUCCGCCGCCACAAACGGGCCGCUAGCACCGCCCACAGCCACACGGGUAAAACCCUGAACUGUACCAAUAUCUCCUGCCUGAGAAUCACGUGUGCUGUGGGACGUCUGGAUCGCGGACAAAGUGCUGUAAUUAAAGUCCGGUCGAGACUGUGGGCGCAUACUUUCCUACAGCGGCGUAAUGACCCCUACAUUCUCAACUCGACUGUGUCCUUCGUGGUCUUGGCCGUGCCUUAUCGGGUCCAGCCCCCCAGCCUCCCUCAACGCACCAUCUCGAUGGGGACCCCUGUCCUGUGGGGGACGCCAGAUGUGUCCUUUGCCGUUCCACUGUGGGUCAUCAUCCUUGCCAUACUGCUGGGCCUGCUCGUGCUCGCCGUGUUAACGCUCGCCAUGUGGAAGUGUGGUUUCUUCGACCGGGCGAGGCCACCGGCCGGCGACAACAUCUCCGACCAAGAGCAGCUAACAUCAAAUCAUGCAGGGGAUGCCUAAAAGACACGUGGAACAGAUCCGAGUCGGGGGUGGGGGGGGGGGGGGCCAAACUGCGGUUUUAAGAUGAACGUGCGCCUUCCGACUCAAAUCAAUCCGAACUGAGAUCCGGAGUUGUUGGACAAUGAAAUUUCUCGGGCGCCUCUCGUCGACGAACUUUGCCCGUGAGGGGGCGACUUGCUCGAGUACGCGUCAGCCGGGAGCCAAAAAGGUGCGCGGUUCCGACGGCAUGAAAAACCAAAGCACACUAGAGCGGGGACAGCAUUUUGGGAAUUGUUUGUCCACGGCGAAGGACCACAGGAGAGACGUGUGAAGAAAGUGCCUCAUGUUUCCACGUUAACAAAACUUGGGUUAAAUGGAGCGCAGAGAUAAAAGCACAGAGAAGCUUUAAUCCGUGCUUGGGUGAACGGGAGGGAGCUUGUGCACUCACUGGUCAUAAUAUUGGGUACAUCUGCAUUACAGUUCAGUACUGCCACAAAUAAUGAACAAAAAUGUAAAUAACAAAAUAUUACAAUCACCAUGUUAUUGCUAAGACAGUACGGGCAUUGGAUGUCAUUAGAUUGUUCAGGUGUACCUACAGUGAAGAAAAUAAGUAUUUGAACACUCUGCUUAAUUGCAAGUUCUCCCACUUGGAAAUCAUGGAGGGGUCUGAAAUUUUCAUCGUAGCUUCAUGUCCACUGUGAGAGAGAUAAUCUAAAAACAAAAAUCCAAUGUAUGAUUUUUUUAACGAUUUAUUUGUGUGAUACAGCUGCAAAUAAGUAUUUGAACACCUGUCUAUCAGCUAGAAUUCUCAAAGACCUGUUAGUCUGCCUUUAAAAGUCCACCUCCACUCCAUGUAUUAUCCUGAAUCAGAUGCACCACUGUGAGGUUGUUGGCUGCAUAAAGACACAUGUCCAGCCCAUACAAUCGGUAAGACUCAAACGUGUAACAUGGCCAAGACCAAAGGGCUGUCCAAAGACACCGGAGACAAAACUGUACAACAAGACAUGGCUGGAAAGGGCUACGGAGAAAUUGCCAAGCAGCUUCGUGAAAUAAGGUCCACUGUCGGAGCAAUCAUUAGAAAAUGGAAGAAGCUAAACAUGACGGUCAAUCUCAAUCGGAGGGGAGCCCCAUGCAAGAUACCAUCUCGUGGGGUCUCAACGAUCCUUAGAAAGGUGAGGAAUCAGCCCAGGAUUACACGACAGGAUUUGGUCAAUGACCUGAAAAGAGUUGGGACCACCGUUUCCAAGGUGACUGUUGGUAAUACACUAGGACGUCAUGGUUUGAAAUCAUGCAUGGCCCGGAAGUUUCCCCUGCUUAAACCAGCACAUGUCAAGGCCCGUCUUAAGUUUAUCAAUGACCAUUUGGAUGAUCCAGAGGAGUCAUUGGAGAAAGAUUUGUGGUCAGAUGAGACCAAAAUGGAACUUUUUGGUCAUAAUUCCGCUAACCGUGUUUGGAGAAAGACGAAUGAUGAUUUCCAUCCCAAGAACACCAUCCCUACUGUGAAGCAUGGGGGUAGUAGCAUCAUGCUUUGGGGGUGUUUUUCUGCACAUGGGACAGGACGACUGCACUGUAUUAAGGAGAAGAUGACCGCGGCCAUGUAUUGUGAGAUUUUGGGGAACAUCCUCUUUCCCUCAGUCAGGAUUGAAGAUGGUUUCGUGGUUGGGUCUUUCAACAUGACAAUGACUCGAAGCACACAGCCAGGAAAACCAAGGAGUGGCUCCGUAAGAAGCAUAUCAAGGUUCUGAUGUGGCCUAGCUAAUCUCCAGACCUUUACCAGAUAGAAAAUCUUUAGAGGGAGCUGAAACACCAUGUUUCUCAGCGACAGCCCAGAAACCUGUCUGAUCUAGAGAAGAUCUGUGUGGAGUAGUGGGCCAAAAUCCCUCCUGCAGUGUGUGCAAACCUGGUGAACAACUACAGGAAAUGUUUGACCUCUGUAAUUGCAAACAAAGGCGACUGUACCAAAUAUUAACAUUGGUUUUGUCAGGUGUUCAAAUACUUAUUUGCAGCUGUAUCACACAAAUAAACCGUUAAAAAAAUCAUACAUUGUGAUGUCUGGAUUUUUGUUUUUGGAUUAUCUCUCUGGACAUGCGCCUACGAUGAAAAUUCCAGACCCCUCCAUGAUUUCUAAAUGGGAGAACUUGCAAUGUAGCAGGGUGUUCAAAUACUUAUUUUCUUCAUUGUAAUGUAGAGAUUUUGUGUGGAUGUACAGUAUAUACAUAUGCUGAAUGUGUACAGGUACUGUACAUAUUUUGUGCGUGUGUGUGUGUUAAGAUGGGCAGGGGCAUCUCUUAAUCCAAUAUUUUGUUGUGCGUCACGUGUCACACGCAAUGAAGCAUUAACUUGAUGGCACAAAGGAAACGUGUAUUUAUGAAUAUAGGUGCAAUAUUUGGGCAUUGUGUGAUACUGAAGCUUGAUUACACUGGCAUUAUUUUAUCAAAAGCUUAAUAGUGUAUAUGUAUAUACUGUGAGUAUGAUAGAUUUUAGUUUUUGGACAGACGACAGCGGCAGUUGUCACGACUGGUUCAUGUCACACCGAAUAAUGUUAUGUUUGCUUUUUCAUUUUGGACUUCACCAACAGUUAACUUCUGCAAGGAAAUAAUACAAAGCAACAUGAUAAAUAUAUGCCAAAGUUGGUCCACUGUGAGUUAUGUCAUGUCAAAUGGAUUAAUAGUGUGUGUCAUACGCACACAGAACCGUCUCAUACUGUAAGCAAUACCUGAAAUUAAAAAAAAAAAUAAUGGAAAUUGUCUUUAUCGGCCAACUGUUUCUUCAUCUGUAAUCUUGUUUAUGUUUUAGUCAUUUGUUUGACAUCACUAUCCAGUUGAAUUUGUCAUUUAGUUAGACAGGAAUGUGCAGUUAAUUGAAAGUAGCAGACAUAAUCAUAUCCGCUUAUGAUUGGUAUCACCUCCCGUGUGUGCUUGUAUUUAAACUUUCAGUCAUGAAAUUCAUUUAAAUCCCAGCUAAAAUGGUCUGUGUAUUUGUAAAUGUGGGGAAAAAAAUCAUUAAGCGGAAAAGAAAUAAUAGUCAUAAUGAUUAUUAUUAUUGCUAUAUUGUUGUAUGUAUUUGUUUUUUGUCAAUCAUGCCUGACGAGUGGGGUGUUUCACUUCUUCACAGCUGACAAGAAGUACAUUUGCUCCCCCUGCUGGUGAGAAUAACAAUUGAGCAAGCAACUAAAAAAAAUAAUACAAAUUAAUAACAUGUAAAUGCAUAACUUUUAAGUAUGAUUUAAAUUAGGCUAUGACGCCACGACUCAGAGUUACACUAUUUUAUCUAUGUUUUCAUAAAAUAAUACAAGUAUUGGAUUGGA